CAUAAUUUUAAAUCUAGUUCUAUUUUCUUCCAUACCGAAUCCAUUGAUCCACCUGGUGUUGACAGAUCAUAGUUUGCUCCAGUUGUAAAGUGGGUUGCUAUUGUUUCUCGCAUCCACGCUUGAACUCAAGAAGUCGCUUGAUCGAGGACGACCGAGAUCUACCUCUACUCUAUCGCCAUAUGUGAACUUCUAGUUCUUUUCUCAUGUUUCUGCCACAAAUGACAGACAGGAGACGUCAAUGAGUAUUCGUUUUGAAAAUAUGUUGAAGCAGGAAUAAACCUAGUGGUUCCGAAACAGCAAUGAUCAUGAGUAUGUAAGUAGGCUUAGGUUUUGUAGUUGUAGCAGGACAACUAAGAAGAUGAACUACCAAUCCCAAUGACCAUGUCGUCCUCGAGCACCACUUUCCCUUCCCCCAGCGGCGCACCAGAUCAUGGCCCAGCGCCAACUACCGGCAGCAGCAGGCCUCGGUCCCGCUGGGCUUCUUCCAGGUCGUCCGGAACGAACAAGGCCAGCGGCCCGGCUGCUUCCUCAUCUUCGUCCCAAGCAGCUCCAUAUGCUAGUCGUGUAGGAGCAGCGCAAGCUGCCAUUGCACCUGCUGCCGGUGGUGCCUCGUCCAGCACUGGAGGCGGGGGAGGUGGAAUAAACAAUCUUCGCCGAGAUCCGAGUUCAGCUUCAGCCUCAGCUUCACUGGGAAUUAUCAAGAACCAAAGAACCUACUCCGCCGCCAUCUACGCAGACCAGUUGUUUCGGCCGCCCGAGUCCGAGAUUAAUCUGAUCACGAGCAAAAACAAGCAAAGCAUCGCGGAGAUGUUUUCGAAAACGGAGACGAAGCGGCUGAAGGCGGCGAAGGUUGCGGAAUACGAGCGGGCGAAGUUCGAGAGGGACGUGGCGCAGUUGAAACACUGCUGCAUCUAUAUGGAAGCGUCAGGAUUGAAAUUAACAAAGUUGAAAUAAUUUGUGAUGCAUAAAAUCUAUACCAGUUGGGCCGACAGUUUCCAAUCGGCGCAUGACAAAUUUUCCUGGCCCCUGAAGCAAGUCUGUCAUGCUGUUUAGGGCAAGAUGGCUGCUCCCUGUCAUGCUAGUCAGUAGCCCAAUUCUUGACCCUCACCAGCACUAGAAUCUGCCUCCCUUGCGCCUUCAGCAAUAGAGUCAGUCUUUGUGUCGCAUUUUAUGCAUGACAAAUCAUUUCAACUUUGUCGAUUUCAACUCUGACACAUCCAUAAUCUACAUACCCAAGUUUAUCGGGACGAGCACUAGCAAGAAGCGUGCUAGCGGGCUGGGCGAGGAGGUUGCUGGUUGUCCGACGUCGAAUAAUUCAAAUGGCACACCAGCAGCGACUAGGUCCUCCUCCUCACGGCCACAAGACGUCCUGAAGAACAAGCAUGAACUUCUGCUUCCGCAGGCGAGAAACGCACCGUCGUCACCCCCAGCAACAAGCACGACUUUCUACGACCGUCUGACCACGGAGCUUAUGGCGUUCUCAAGCGUUACACUCUCAACUGUUACAUGAUAUGUCAUGCAAAAUGAGCAUCGACAUCCAGAUCCACACAAUAAAGCUACUUCGCAUGACAAAUGUUGAAAAGGCGAAACAGUGCCUAAAUCUGUGCGGAAUUUGUAAUGCUACAGGUGCGACCUCCAUUCUUUGUCGUUUAUUGCCAUUCUUGCAUUACAAAUUCAUGGAACAGUUGAGAAUGUAACGUUUGAGAGCGCCAUAGAGCUGGGGCCGAAAUUUGAAAAAUCGGUCUACCGCCGCUCCAAGCACCCGGCCAUCGUCGACCCGGUCCUGUUAUGAAAUGCAAAAAUGUCUGGGUGGUCUGGAAGAUUGCAACUUGUCAUGCUGUCUUUGGAUUCCAAAAAAAAACUGUAUUGCGUGACCAACAACACGGAGUCCAGUUUGUGUUACGCGGACGAGAGGGCAUUUCUCAUGCGGAAUAGGCAUCAGGAAGCCCUGUAAAAUUCUGUGAUGCUAGAUCAUGCAUUACAUUCAUCAUGACUCAUACAAAAUAUGCAUCACAAGUCCCGGAAUCUUCCAGACCCAGACAUAUUUGCACUUGAUACCUGUUGAAGGAAAGCGAGUGCUACCGCGAGGUACUUUCUGCUGUGCAACACCGGUUUCCGAGCUUCAGACUGGGAUAUUCCAUCGCGAAUUUGUACCGGAACGGAACUGACUGGACGGACAUGCACCGCGAUAAGUUUCAGGCCAGUGGGAGAACGGAAAAAGCUGUGGGAGUUGCGGUGGAGGAGCAAGAUUUUGUGGGAGCGCGGAAGAGGGUGGACGAGGAGCAGGAAGUGGGAAACACGAUAAGGAACAAUGAAGCUGUUCCUGUUCGUGCGUCCUCUGCUGAGCCACUUCUUUUGCGGUCAGAGGUAGAAGAUGCCGGCGGGGCCGCAGCUGCAACAAGAACAACUAGUACAACAGGAAGUGUUCUUCUUGCAGGAGGGGAAGCGACACACCUCUCCGAUGCCGUUCCUGUGCCUGCGAAGAGAACUGGAAGAAAAACUGGAGCAGCUCCAGCUGCUGCGAUCGUUUCCUCUGCUCCUGCCACCCCCUCGUCCACUGAGGCAGGAGAAGAUGAACGACGUCCUGAAGAUGCCCGCCCAGAUAAUCCGUCAACCUCACCUGCUGGAGAUCGAAUUGAUGAACAGACUGAUGCUCAAUCAUCUCGGAUAUUGUUCGCUGCGCCGCAAAACGAAACCGAUAUUGAACAACAAGUAGACCAUCUUUAUCUUAUAGAAACGCUCCUGCUCGAUGAAGGCGAUCUUCGUGUCGACGGAGGAGCUGACACAGCGAAGAAACUACCCUCGCCUCAAGAACCGGGAGAAGGUCUAUCUUCAAGAGGAACUACUGCGAUAGAGCAACGACCCCAACAAGCAGCCCAGCAAGCCACACGAAAGCAUCAACAAUCAGUAGCAGAGGAUCACAACGUCACCAUCGGUGUUUCUUUCGGCGCGACGAGAACCCUGGCGUUUAAACACUUGAAAACCAGUCGCGAAUUCUCCUUCCCGCAGCACGACGGCGAUCUGUUCGCCUUUACGACACCGGUGAACAGCGUUUUUCAGCACAGCAUCCCAAUCGAGAAAAACGUGUAUGGGAGCCGGAUUAGUCUGAUUUUUUGGGGACGUGUGCAGGAUGAGAAGCUGAUGUGAAGAUGGCGAUUUGGAGAUUGAAACGAAAAUCAAGAAGAUGUUGACUCUCCUGUCGCUGCCGCGAGGUCGUCGUGGUGGUCUACGUUGAACAAAGCGACGAGCUGCAAGUGCAGCGCUGAUUUGUGAUACAACUCAAACUCAAUCCCCACAGUGUACUAUUCCUCAGGUUAUUUUUCAACCGAAGAGCAACGCGCGAUCUUGAUUUUCUAGUGUUGCUAGUAGCGACUGCGACCCGAAUUGAUGUAGUGACGGCAUUUUUUUUUUUCCAACAGGAAAAAGUAGAGUAAAGUGAACGACACUUCUUGUGACCACGAGGAAUGGAAUUUAUUCAACUACAAGAACUACUGACAUAGCAAAAAUGCAUGACGCGACUAAUGAC